AAACGAGGGGAGCAGCCGGCCAUUCCCCACGACGGAGCUCACCGCGUCCCCGUGGCCGCACACCCUAACCCUAGCGGCGACACGCCGCCGCCCCCGCCGCCUCCAUCACACCCUCGCCCUCGCCCUCGCUCCUCCGCCACUCCCACGAGAUCAGCGCCGUCCCGACUCCGUGCUCGCCGUCGCCCGCCCUUCUCUCAAGGGCUAUAAAUGGCAGGGAGACAGCGCAUAGUUCGCCAGUACUACGAGGAACCACGGGGAUUUUGUGAUGGUCCCCCUCCUCGACUUGCACGAGAAAGGUCUCUCUCACCACGACGCAUCGAGGGAGAGCUGUCUAGCCGCCGUGGUGAGAUACGCAGAAUCAAUGAUGAUAACCAACAUCUGGCGGAUGAAAUUGUUGGACUCAGGCAAGCAAUGUCUCGUUUGAAAGAAGAUCUCCAUUCCUCAAGUCAGGUUAUACCUAAGCUCCGCGCAGAGAAGGAACUUGAAUCGAGGGAGCUGACUCAGAGGAAUCUGAAGCUGGAAGCUGAGCUACGCUCCUUAGAACCCCUUAGGCAAGAUGCCUUGCAUCUACGAUCUGAAGUAGGUACGCUAGCGUCUUUGAGGCAAGAGCUGAACGCAAAGGUGCAGGGUCUGACAAAGGAGGUUGAGCAACAGAGCUCUGAAAACCAGCGAAUACCUGGCAUGAUAGCUGAACGUGAUGGUCUGCGGCAGGAACUAAUUCGUGCUAGGGCGGCUCUUGAUUAUGAGAAGAAUGCAAAGCCAGAGCGGAUGGCACAGGUGCAGGCAGUGGAAAAAGAUCUUGUGAGUAUGGCUCAGGAGUCCGAGAAGCUUAGGGCUGAGAUUGAGAAGAGAAGGGCACUACCUAGGGUCAGCGGCCAUGGAGCUUACGGGCCACCUAUGACGACUCCUGGGAUGGACUUGCAAGGCAUGUACGAUGGGGGCUAUAACUCCUACACAGAGAAGCGCUAUGGUGCUGGACCAUGGGACCCCCCUGGCUAUCCGCGCUUUUGAUCCUUGUCAGUCAGCGCGUUCAUCGUCCCCGCGACAAAGUUCCUAAUAUCUUUGGUACCGAGACUUGUGGUGCUGGUGCCUUGUUCAGAAAACUGUAACCCUGGAUGCGCAUGGGCCGGCCUAGGAACCAAUUCAUCGCAGCGUAGAAGGGGAAAAUAGAAUUCGAAUUCUUAGAUUGUAGGAGUACUUAACAGUGUGGGUGUGAACCCGUUCGAUUGUACUUAACAGGGUGGUUUGAUGCGGUUGGUUAUCUUUUGAUUGCUGUUUGUUUGUAAGCUUCAAUUGCAUGAGGGCUGCUGCAAGCCUAGUCAGUGCUUCCUGCAUUGCUCCUUUGUUCAUGAGGGCUGAUUUGAUUUUCAAGUUUGAGAGUUUGUGUAUAUUUCUGGAGGGGCGUUCUCUUCCCUGGACAAGUGUGGAGAGUGAGAAAAAUGGAUGUUCAUCAUGUCAACAACAUAUGAAUUUCUUUGCACAUGUACUCCUA